AUUGUAUACCCCGGCAUAUUUACACAUUUACAUAUCUUUUAAGAAAUAAAUAUUUAAAUAGAUAGGUAAAUGCUUAAAUAAACUUGCCAAGUGGCAGGAAAAUACUUGAUGUUAUAAGCUGAUAUAAAAUAGAAAGCGUUAAUUAACAACUAAAUUAAAAUGAAAUACUUAAUUCUUUUAGCAGUGAUUGUAAUUAAUGCUUGCUUAGUGUGCAGUAGUCAAAUUGUUUCAGCUAGGCUUGAGAGUUGUCCAGGAUGUUCCUUAAACCGACUAGAAGAUGUUAAAAAAUUUGCCUAUCAUGACAUUCAGACUUAUGAAAAUGUUGAAUGGAAAAAGAUUUCUGGAGCUCCACCAGAGCUAGUAUUUCUUGAUGAUCAAGGUGAAGAAGUUGAAAGAGUACCUUUGAAAACUCUAAAUAGAGAUGAGUGUAACAAUGUCUUACUUUCUAGAGGAUUUGUUAAAAAGACAGAGGAAAAAGAGCUGUGAACAAUUUUACACCAAAAAGUACAGAUAAUAAAUAUGUAAUGUAAUUUAAUAAUAUAUACUGUACAUAUUACAGAAAACAAUAAAUAAAUCUUAAAUUGAAGUAUUUU